GUUCUGGCGAGGUUUAUAGGAAAACGGAUGUGUCAACUUCAGCGGAAGUGGUACUGCCCAGAGCGACUGAAGAGCGAGAAGGAGGACGGACACUCCGAUUGUAUCUUUCAAAGAUAAAGGCAGGACUAAACGCCAUUUAAACUCUGAAAAUGGACAAGAGUGACUUGGUACAGAAAGCCAAGCUGGCCGAACAGGCAGAGCGCUAUGACGAUAUGGCCACUGCCAUGAAGGCGGUGACUGAGCGGGGCGUAGAGCUGUCCAAUGAAGAGCGCAACUUGCUCUCUGUAGCCUACAAGAACGUGGUGGGUGCCCGACGCUCCUCUUGGCGUGUCAUCUCCAGCAUCGAGCAGAAGACUGAGGGCAAUGAGAAGAAGCAGCAGAUGGCACGCGAGUACCGCGAGAAGAUCGAAGGCGAGCUGCAGGACAUCUGCAACGAUGUUCUGGGUCUGCUGGAGAAGUUUCUCAUUCCCAAUGCCUCUCAAGCUGAGAGCAAGGUGUUCUAUCUGAAAAUGAAAGGCGAUUAUUAUAGAUACCUGUCUGAGGUUGCAUCUGGAGAGUCUAAGACCUCCACAGUUGACAACUCUCAGAAAGCCUACCAGGAUGCAUUUGAGAUCAGCAAGAAAGAAAUGCAGCCCACACACCCCAUACGGCUUGGUCUGGCUCUUAACUUCUCUGUCUUCUACUAUGAGAUCCUCAACUCGCCCGAGAAGGCCUGCAACCUUGCCAAGACGGCCUUUGAUGAAGCCAUUGCUGAGCUUGACACCUUAAAUGAGGAUUCCUACAAAGACAGCACCUUGAUCAUGCAACUACUAAGGGACAAUCUCACCCUGUGGACGUCGGAAAACCAGGGCGACGAGGCAGAUGCGGGCGAGGGAGAGAACUAGAGGAGCUGCUCUGAUCUCCAAACACACGCACACAUACACUCAUCUUAAUUAAAAAAUAAAUAAUUACACAGACGGCUUCCACCAACCCCCCCACCCCACCCUACUUUACAUUCCCCAUCCCUCCUCCAUUUAGCCCCCAACCCCUGUCCCCUUACCUUCUGUACGAUCAUCACGAGACGCACCUGAAGCAAGACACACACUGAAGCCCCUCACACAGGCACCGGCGGCGGGGAUGGGGGGGCUCACAGGGUGACAUGCCGAUGUCAGCAGGUCCAGUCAUUUUGUUUGUGAAUUUAACAUGGUUGUACUGAAUAGCGAGUCCCUAUUUGUCGUGUGUGUGAGAGAGAGUGAAUGAGAAAGAGAGCGAGAGACUGACUGAGCGAGUGUAUGAAGGAGAGAUUGAGUGUGCUUGUUCCAGAGUGAGUGAGUGAGUGUGUGUUUUGGAGUCGGGGUUAUGAACUCUAAAAGUCCUUCCUAAUGAUUCCCAUUUAUUUCCACCUUAGCUGGUUGUGCAUUUUCAUCCUUUUUUUCUUGUUUUUGUUACGAACAUUUUUUAGUGUAAUUCGUCAUGGUAUUUGCAGGUUUUAUUGUAUGGUUAUUAAACUGGCAGUUUAUUUUCACCAAACACUGUAAUUCUUGAGUUUUGUAUCUUGUUUUUGGACCUAUGAUGCUAUGCCUCUCAGCUUGGAUUCCUGGUGUCGGUGCUAGGGUUAUUCACUGAAAGCCCUGUUCGGACACAUGGUCAGGUGGCCAUUUCAUAAAGUAAAUGUCUGAAAAAUUAAA